AUGUCGAACAAAAGACAACGUAUCCUACAAUAUUUCAAUGUUAGUUGGUUAGAAGAAGCUGGAUUUAAGACUUGGCUGGCACGCAGUACUAAAGGUGACAACUUUGCUUAUUGCAAACUAUGUUCGACCGAUCUUUCGAUUGCUACAGGAGGUAAAAACGAUAUUUACAAACAUAGUAAAACGGCAAAACAUCAGAAUGCCACUCCUAGUACCUCACAACAAUCUAUGUCUUCUUUUGUGUAUAAAAAAGAAGACAUGGACCGUGUGAAAGAAGGCGAAAUACUGAUAUCAACUUUUGUGGCCGAGCAUAACAUAUCUAUGAACGCUAUGGAACACCUUCCGAAAUUAAUUAAAAGAAUAUGCUCUGAUUCGGAGACUGCAAAAAAAAUUAUGUGUGGAAGAACUAAAACUACUGCGAUAAUUAAAUUAGUCACAGGCGCAUACGCUAAAGACCAAAUUAUACAACAUUUAAGAUUAAAUACAUUUUCUCUGCUAUUGGACGAAAGUACAGAUAGGGGCUGUAUAAAACAUCUUUGCAUGAUAGCGAGAUUUUUUAAAGACGGUAAAUUUUUUGAUGCCUUCUUAGGCUUAAUCCCUCUCCACGAUGCCACUGCCCAAAAGCUCUAUGAGCAUACAAUAACUUUUUUUAAUGACAAUGCAAUUCCAUAUAAGGACAACAUGAUAGGAUAUGCUGCCGAUGGCGCUAACACAAUGAUGGGUAGUGUAAAUUCUCUCCUCACUAGAUUUAAAUCGGAUAUACCACACUUAUAUGUUGUUAAAUGUAUUUGUCAUUCCUUUCACCUGUGCGCAUCAUACGCCUGCCUAAAACUGCCCAGGGAACCGGAAGAUUUAAUGAGAGACGUUUACAACUAUAUUAGUAACAGUCCUAAAAGAAUAGCAACUUUAAAAGAAUUCCAAGAAUAUGUUGAUUUAAAACCCCAUAAGCUAUUACAUCAAAGCCAAACUAGGUGGCUCUCACUUCGUGCAGCUGUUUCACGUAUUUUGGAACAAUAUGAAGCCCUCAUAUUAUUCUUUACAGAAGCAGCCUUUUCUGAUAGACUGAAAUCAGCAGAAACAAUUUUGCAUAUGUUGAAAAACCCCUACAAUAAAUUGUAUUUAGAAUUUUUAGAGUUCUCUCUGGAAAUAUUUACCAAUAUUAAUAAAACUAUGCAGUCCGAACACCCACAAAUACACAAGUUACACGAGACCAUAUGCAGAACAUACCGUAACCUAUUAGAUUGUUAUAUGAAUGAUUCGUAUUUAUCAAGAACUGAACUUAAAAAUAUUAUUAACAACGAAAACCCCCGAAAUUUUAAAUCGAUCGAAAAUAUUUAUUUGGGAACUAAAGUAGCUGUUCAUUUAUCAGAUUUGAAUCUUAAUGACGACAACGUUAAAACGUUUAAACUGAAAUGUCUUGAUUUUUAUAUCGAAGCUGCAAGACAAAUGAAAAUGCGCUAUGAUUUUGGGAACGAGGUAGUUAAAAACCUGGAAUUUUUAAGCCCCGAAGUAGUGGCAUCACGCAGAAUAGAGUCAAUAGUACAGAUGGCGCUUCACUUUCCAAAUUUAGUAGAACAAGAAAAUAUGCAAGCGCUAGAUACAGAAUGGAGAGAUUUAAGAAAUGAUUCCAAGAUAAAAGCAGCUACAAACGAAGAUAUGGAAAAGUAUUGGCAGAGAAUUAUCACGACCGUGAAUCCUGCUGAUGGAAAUUUGCUGUAUCCACAACUAUCAAAAUUUAUUACGUCGUUGCUAAGUUUGCCACAUUCCAGUGCAGCUGUGGAAAGAAUUUUCUCAGCUAUCAAUAUUAUAAAAACGAAACAACGAAACCAGUUAUCUACUGAAACAAUAGAGGGUCUGCUAUAUACUAAACAAUUGUUAGGCAGCGCAGACUGUUUUGAUUUCGAAGUAAAUUCAUCAAUUAUAAAAAAAAAAAUGAACACGAAAGCAAUGUAUGAUUUUAAAUAG